AUGAAGAAUUGGAUGAGCAUAGUGGCGAUGGGUGCAGUAACAAACUCCACAUUUCUUCUAUUUUCACCACCCAUUCUCAAACCCAUCAUCCCCUUUUCUCUCACCAAAACCUCGCCGUAUCUCAUUUCUCUCACCACUCCAUCUCGCCGCUUCAUUUCCGCUUCUUCCCUUCCUUCGGUUGUCUCCGCUGACCACACCUUCAACUUCUCUGAUUCCGGAGAUGGAAACGGCGUUGCGGUUUCAAGGAGAGGUGAUAAAGUGCUUCUUAAAGGGAUGACUUACUCUGAACUUGAAAAAUGGGUUCAAUCACAUGGAUACAGACCAGGACAGGCUAUGAUGUUAUGGAAGCGUAUGUAUGGAAACAAUAUUUGGGCGCAUCAUACUGAUGAGUUGGAAGGUUUGAACAAAGAUUUCAAGAAGAUGUUGAGUAAAAAUGCAGAUUUCAAGGCUCUUGCUGUGAAAGAAAUUCACACGGCCUCUGAUGGAACUAGGAAGAUUUUAUUCACUUUGGAUGAUGGGCUGGUCAUAGAAACAGUUGUCAUACCUUGUGAAACUGGCAGGACUACCGUGUGUGUUUCCAGUCAAGUUGGAUGUGCCAUGAAUUGUCAAUUUUGCUAUACUGGAAGAAUGGGUCUUAAGAGACAUCUUACUGCUGCAGAAAUAGUUGAGCAGGCCGUUUUUGCCAGACGGCUUUUCACAAAUAUUAUGGUGGAUGAUCAAGGGCUUCAAUUCAGCCCCCGCAAGGUCACUGUUUCAACCAGUGGGCUUGUUCCGCAGCUCAGACGUUUCCUUCAUGAAUCGAACUGCACGCUAGCUGUUAGUUUGAAUGCAACUACUGAUGAGGUAAGAAACUGGAUCAUGCCUAUAAAUCGAAAGUAUAAACUGGACUUGCUUCUUGAGACGCUUCGGGAGGAGCUUUGCUUGAAACACAAAUAUAAGGUUCUAUUUGAGUAUGUGAUGCUUGAAGGAAUUAAUGACAGCAAUGAAGAUGCAAAAAGGCUUAUCGAGCUUGUAAAGGGCAUCCCUUGCAAGAUCAAUCUCAUCUCUUUCAAUCCGCAUAGUGGAUCCUUCUUCAGACCAACUAAAGAUGAAAGAAUGAUUGAAUUCAGAAACAUGCUAGCUGAGGCAGGAUGCGUAGUCCUUUUAAGAACCAGUAGAGGCGAUGAUCAAAUGGCUGCGUGUGGUCAGCUAGGCAAUCCAGGCACCAUCCAAGCUCCGAUGCUCCGUGUACCUAAACAAUUCCAAACAGCAGUUGGAAGUUCAACGUGA